GUGCUCAAGAAAAUGACGAACGUAGACACGCUGCGGCUCGAGAACCUUUCCUGGUGUCCCGCACUCGUCCUGCCUGCAGUUGAUGAAGCCGUCAUCGCGCUUGCUGCAAAGGUGUGUGCUAUAUCUCCACUGGUCCGGUUGGAUGUCAGAUACGGACUUGGCCCACAUACUCUCCACAUCCCCUCACCGAUCAUUCGUCUCCUUCACGCAGUACCAGACUUGGGGUAGUGAGGUCCCAAGAAUCACCAACGAGACGGAGCGACGGCCCAUCCAUGAGCACGUCACCAUCGACAGGCUCGUGGCCACCUGGGAGUCGUACGUCGAAUUCCACACCGCGCUGCUCAGAAUGUAUGCAUAUGCGGUAGAGCACUCGCCGUUCACGGUCGCCGUCGACCGGCUCACUCUCAUGCACCGUGUUCCUGGCUAUCCUCUGGGACAGCGGCUGGACCUUGAGGACAUCGAACUCGAGACACACUGGGAAGUGAAGUGCGAGUUUGACCGGCUAAGCGAAACAGCCUGCGAAAACGGCCGUGACGGCAAGGGUACGUCAGCGAUGCAUGUUUCUCCCCUGCGGAACCUGAAUCAUGCCUAGGCUUCAGCUCUGCAGGUCUGGUCAUCCGGUCCUUGGACAUCGACAAUCCCACGAUCCUGCAUACGAGAGCCCCUUCUCCGUGUUCCUGACCUCCGCUGGAGAGCGCUGCUCAUGAACCAUAUGUGCUUCAUCCUCGACGGGCUCGAGCCUGCUGACGCCGUCCCGAAGCAGUGCGCAGAGCUGGACGACACACUUGCAGGCCUUGCGGCCGAGAAACGCCAGUUGGAGGACGAAGUGCACACGGUGCGCGAGUAGCAAUCUGGAAUUGAGGAGAAAGUUCAGGGUUCGCGAGAAGACAGUAAACGCUUGCAGGAUUGCAGGGAUGUUGAUUUCAAGUGUUUCGACGUGUAGAUGGGUCGAGGGAGGGUUCUGGGCUACAGGACAUGUCAGCAGUGCCGCCACGCUGGAAGUAUCUUCAGGCAACAUACACGUUCCAAC